AUGCCAGACCAAAAGGCUCUCUUACUAGAGAAAACGCAAGGCCCGCUUGUUUUGGGCAGUCGUCCAAUUCCAAAACCAGGACAGGCGGAGUUGCUCGUCAAGAUCAAGGCUGCGGGAUUAAACCCAGUUGACUGGAAGAUUCGUGAUAUGGGGUACUUCUUGUCCGAUAGCGACUAUCCCUCGGUUCUGGGUACAGACAAUGCGGGAGAUGUCGUAGAACUUGGAGAGGGCGUGGACGCAAAGCAGUGGGAGAAAGGAACAAGGGUUUUUUUCCAAGGUCAAUAUGGACGCUCCGACUUGAAUGGAUUUCAACAAUACGCUUUGAUCUCGGCUGACUUGGCUGCGAAGAUCCCGGCACAACUGUCCUAUUCUCAAGCCGCAUCAAUACCUGUCGCGUUUGUCUGCGGGGCCUACGGAAUGAUGGUGGAACCACCUAUCGGUGCUGGUUUGAAUCCAAACUGGGAUCAGAAUUUAAAGUAUCCAGGCGAACAUGCCCUAGUUCUCGGCGGAAGUACAUCGGUCGGCCAGUACGCCAUCCAAAUCCUCCGUAAGGUCCUUGGAUUCUCCAGCGUUAUCACCUACGCCUCCGCGAAACAGACAGAAUACCUUAAAUCUCUCGGCGCAACACAUGUCAUCGAUCGUCAUCAAGUCCCUUUUACCGAUCUUCCUUCUGCUGUUCUAGAGCAGACAUCUCAAUCGCGGCUGAAAAUGGUGUUUGACGCUUUUGGUGGAGGCGAAGAGGUUGGAUUUUCGCUCUUGGCUGAGGGGGGUCAGGUUUGCACUGUCAACCCUAGCAUACAAGAAAGAAAGGAGGACGGAAAGCGUUUGUUUGGAGUGUUAGGGAUUGUUCAUGCGCCUACGCACAGGGUUGCGGGUGUUAAGAUGAUGAAGAACUUGGAAAGACUGGUUGAGGAAGGGGUAAUCCUACCGAAUAGGAUUCAUGACCUUCCUAUUGGAUUGGGGAAUAUUGUUGAAGGACUGGCGAUGGUGAAAGGUGAGAAGGCUGCUGGGGCGAAGGUUAUUGCACACCCGGAGGAAUGA